GUCUUCCUAUAUGCAGUUUCUCUUUAUUUUGCUUAUUCCAACUAUGUUAGCUUUCAGAACAGAUAAGGCAGAAACAGGUUCGAACUUCUUCGAAUAUCUAAACAACAUAUCAAAAUUGGUGAACAAAGCUUUUGGAAAACCUCUGGAGCAGAAACCAGAGAAUCAUAGCAAUCACUUAUUUGGCGCUUUUUUGAGAAUGCUGGUAUUGGACAACAAAAAAAUUGGAGCUAUAGCCGUGAAUGCAAUCAUAACUAUUGCCCAGUUGAUAAGUUCCUCGUUACCUUUGAAGCAAGCAUCAAACACACCUCCAAUGCAACGGAGUAUGCCAAGCCCGGAAAGCGCUUACGAUACAAUGAUGAGGAACCCCGAAGUCGCUGAAACUUUUGGAAAUGCCAUUGACCGAGACCUGGUGGAAAAAGUGAUCGAAUACGUGAAAGAAAGGAGUUUGGACGAAGAAACUGGAUGCUUGCAAUUGCUGAUAUGCAAAAGUCGCCCGUUCUUCAGGCGGAUGCAAGAAGUUAUUGCCCAUCGUGGAAAUAAUACAGAAUUUGUAGAAGAUGCGAUGUAUGGAUAUUUUCCAAAUGUCGAAGAAGUUGCUGAUUAUGCCGAUAUGUGUGAAAGGAAGCAUCCGUAUUGCAACGAGUCGAAGAAAGAAUAUAGAAGUAUUACUAAUGACAAAAGUACCUCAAAGAAUUACAACUGAUAUGUUUAUAUAUUUAUACAUGUGCUUUCAUUGAGAGGUAGGAUAUGAUCCUCUUCAGAAAAGUAAAUAUUAGACUCGUGUGAAAACGAGACGCAACAUGACAGCGUUCGUAAGUAUAUUGUUUCGUAAAUCCUAAGCAAAUAAACACACGCCUCUGUUUAGGACGAAACCAUAAAUAAAUGUUUGGCUUCGGAUUAAUUCCUUGUUAUUAUGAUGGACCUCUAAUGUCCUGUAAACAAUUUUUGGGUUAUAAUUUACAAAAUACAUAAAAUACUAAGCUACUCAAAAUAAAUAAAACCAUUUAGCACAAGAUGAG